UCCCCCUCCCCCUCUUCCCCCGGCCUCGCGCGCCCCGGACCGGCCCCCCCUUUCCCCUCCCCCUUCGCGCCGCCGCUUCCGCGAUGCCCCCCCCUGCGCCCGGGGCCCGGCUCCGGCUUCUCGUCGCCGCCGCCCUGGCCGGCCUGGCCGUCAUCAGCCGAGGGCUGCUGUCCCAGAGCCUGGAGUUCAGCUCUCCCGCGGACAACUACACGGUGUGCGAAGGGGACAACGCCACCCUCAGCUGCUUCAUUGACGAGCAUGUGACCCGCGUGGCCUGGCUGAACCGCUCCAACAUCCUGUACGCGGGCAAUGACCGCUGGACCAGUGACCCGCGGGUGCGGCUGCUCAUCAACACGCCCGAGGAGUUCUCCAUCCUCAUCACCCAGGUGGGGCUCGGCGACGAGGGCCUCUACACCUGCUCCUUCCAGACCCGCCACCAGCCGUACACCACUCAGGUCUACCUCAUCGUGCAUGUCCCCGCCCGCAUCGUGAACAUCUCCUCCCCUGUGACGGUGAAUGAGGGGGGCAACGUGAACCUGCUUUGCCUGGCUGUGGGACGGCCAGAGCCCACGGUCACCUGGAGACAGCUCCGAGACGGUUUCACCUCGGAGGGCGAGAUCCUGGAGAUUUCUGACAUCCAGCGAGGCCAGGCCGGGGAAUAUGAGUGCGUGACUCACAACGGCGUGAACUCGGCACCCGACAGCCGCCGUGUGCUGGUCACAGUCAACUAUCCUCCGACCAUCACGGACGUGACCAGUGCCCGCACGGCCCUGGGCCGGGCCGCCCUCCUGCGCUGCGAAGCCAUGGCGGUGCCCCCCGCGGACUUCCAGUGGUACAAGGAUGACAGACUGCCCAGGAUCCCUGGAGAACUCAGCCCCGAGGCCCCCGGGGCCCCUGACCCUCCUCUGGGCCCUGGGCUGGCUGUGGUGGAGGAUGUAGGAAGAACCCAGUGCAGCUCGCCUCCCCCUGCGCGGGGCCUGAGGCCGGGAGCGAGAGAAAAAGGGAGAGCAAGCGCCGUGGGUCUCGAGGGGGCGGAAGAGCUCUCUGCCACCGAGGAGGAAGAAGAGAGGAGGAGGAAGAGGAGGAAAGCUCUUUAGAGAACCCAUCACUGUGAGGGAUAACGCAAAAUUAUGCAUCUUUCUACAGCCAUUUUCGCCGCCGUUCACGUUUCCGAUUGUGACCCAGCCCCGGCCACCCCACACCCCUCUCUUAGCUCAGGCUGUCAACUGGAUCGUGUGUAUGUAGUGGGUGUGUGUGAGCAUGAGCCUGCACGUGUGUGUAUGUGGGGGGGGGGGAAGGGGCUCAGCAAUCUUCCCUCCCCCCAAACCCCCACGCCCACCGCCCCCAAUGCUGCUGCCUCUCACCUCUGGCUGGAGGUAGGUAUGUGGGCUUCUCGACAGAAGCUGUGAGGAGAGGUUUUCCAGGCUCCCCGGGGUCCCAGUAUAUGCACGCACACUACCCCCGCCCCUCCCUGUUGAAAGAGUGUCUCCUGGCCAGGUUGGGAGUGAGGAGGGGUGUCACGCACUCACCUGUCAAGCUCUCAUUCAGCCUUUGUGAGCAGGUGGGGGAUCUCCAUCUUGGCUCUGGGCCUCCUUGCUGUCAACCACCAGCUGCCUGUAGCCGGAGGCCCCAUCACUGGCUCAGCAGCCUGAGACCUUCCCACUCUCUCUGCCCCCCUCCCCUACCCCGACUUUCGGGCCCCAUCUGGGCCAAUCGGUGCUUCCAUCCAACGGUCAGACUGGUGCCUGUGCUCACCUGUCUGUCUCAGUGCUUUGCCCUACCCCACCCCCGCCCGACUCCCCUCAGCCCCCUGCAGCCA